AUGCGCGACGGCGUGCAGGAGCUCGCGCGCGCGCCGAAGAAGAAGAUCCACGGCAACUCGUGGAUGGUGCUCCACCCCCACGCGCCGGUCCACGCGGACUGGGAGCUCUGGAUCACGCUCAUGCUCGUGCUGACGCUCGUGCUUCUACCCCUGACGCUCGCGUUCGAGCAGCUCGCGUGCUCGCUCUUCUACCUCACGCUGUCCAUCGACGCGUUCUUCGUCAUGGACAUCAUCAAGCAGUUCAACACGGGCUUCGUCGACGAGAACACGACCAUCGUCAUGAGCCGCUACCGCAUCUCCGUGCGCUACCUCAAGUCGCUCUUCCUCUUCGACCUCGUGUCGUCGUUCCCCUACGACGUCAUCUCCUGGGGCGACCAGUGCAAGGCGACGGACCAGCGCUACGCGCGGGCCGCGCGGCUCCUGAAGCUGGUGCGCCUCUUCCGCAUCAUGAAGCUCUUCCGGCUGCUGCGGUUCUCGAAGACGUUCACGAUGCUCCGGAACCUCGUCAUGCACUACGAGGACCGCUACCACGUCGUCAUCCCGGAGUCGCUCAUCAAGAUGACGCAGCUCCUGCUCAUGCUCCUCAUCGGCGCGCACUGGAUCGGCUGCAUCCAGUUCAUGAUCGUCGCGACGGCGGGCUUCCCGCGCGACUCGUGGGUCCGCUUCGCGAAGCUCGAGGACGCGCCCGUGUCGCGCCAGUACAUGUGGGCCUACUACAAGGCGCUCGCGCAGAUGAUCGUCAUCGGCUUCGAGACGCCCGCGGCCGUGAACCAGUCCUGCGAGACCGUGCGGCAGUGGUGCGCCGUGGAGCACUGGCUCACGCUCGUGGCCCUCUACUUUGGCGCCAUCUUCUACUCGCUGCUCAUCUCCAACAUCUCCAUGAUCGUGCUCAGCACGAACGUCGGCGCGCGGACGUACCGGGACAAGGUGCAGCAGGUCAACGAGUACAUGCGGUCCAAGUCGCUGCCCGCGGCGCUCCGCGACAAGGUCAAGGACUUUUACACGGUCCAGUACUCCGAGGGCAAGAUGUUCGACGAGGACAAGAUCCUCCGGGAGCUGAGCCCGUCGCUCCGCAACGAGAUCCUGGCCUACAACACGCGCGACCUCUUCUCCAAGGUGCCCCUGCUCUUCACGGCGCCGGAGAACUUCGUCAAGGCCGUCGUCCCGACGCUCACGCUGUCCGUGGGCCUCGAGGGCGAGAAGAUGAUCCACGAGCACACGACGGGCGACAAGAUGUACUUCAUCUACAGCGGCGUCUGCGACAUCACGCAGGGCCAGGGCGAGCACUGCACGACCAUCGAGACCAUCGCCGACGGCUGCUACUUCGGGGACUGCGCCGUCAUCCUGGGCUGCCAGCGCACGGCGAACGUCACCACGAAGACCGUGUCCAUCGUCUACUCCAUG